AUGGUCUCUUCCAUAACUUUUGGCUUCAUCAUUCUGUUUUAUUUUCAAACAGGAGAUUUAGGUUCAUCAGGAGGGAGCAACACAUCCAAAGAGGAAAAAGAGAAGGUGGUAGUGGGUUUCGAGGAGGAGAGAAAGAUACUAAUGGAGCAGCUUCACAGCAAUGGAGAGGGCGGACGGUUGGAGAUUAUAUCAAUCGUUGGCCCACCUGGAGGCGGCAAAACCACUUUGGCCAAAGAAGUGUAUCAAGAUCCUCUCACGUUGUAUGCCUUUCAAAUUCUUGCAUGGGUAGUUGUUUCUCAAGAUUAUGAUAAGAACAUGAAGAGGGAUAUGUUGAUUUCUAUUUUGAAGUCAGCUUCCCAAGAAAAUCAUGGAGAGUAUGAGAAGAGUAGUACGGAUAUGUUGGGAGAAAAGGUACACAAAUGCUUGAAGGGUAGGAAAUAUCUCAUUGUCUUGGAUGACAUAUGGAGUAUUGAAGCCUGGAAUGAUAUCAAAAGAUCAUUCCCUAACGAAUGCAAGGGGAGUAAAGUGUUGUUCACUAGUCGACAGCUUGUUGUUCAAUCAAACGACGACGGUUGCGUCCAUCGUUUGGCUCCCUUACACGAAAGUUGUAGUUGGGAGCUGCUACAAAAGAAGGUAUUCGGGAUGAAAUGCUGCCCACCGCAGUUGGUGGAUAUCGGUAAGCAAAUCGCAAAAAAAUGUGAAGGACUACCACUCGCAAUUGUUGCAAUAGCUGGCAUUUUGGCAACGAAAGACAAGACACUGGACGUAUGGGAAGAAGUUGCUAAACAUUUAAGUUCGAUCAUAGCAAAAAAUCAGGAGGGCUGCAUGGAAAUACUAGAACUUAGUUAUAAUCACCUGCCUCUUCAUUUGAAAGCGUGUUUUGUUUAUAUUGGAGGAUUCCCCGAAGAUUAUCAAAUUUCUGUACGCGAGUUGAUAUGGUUAUGGAUUGCGGAGGGGUUUAUUCAGAAAAGUGAGAGAGGGAAAAGCUUGGAGGCCAUAGCAAAAGAUUACUUAAAUGAUCUCAUUAAUAGAAGUCGAUCUCGUAAUGGUAGCCACUAAAAGGUCCUUUGGAGGGAUUAAAGCAUGUCGUAUCCACGAUCUUCUACGUGAAUUAUGUUUGAAAAAAGCUGAGGAGGAUAAUUUCCUUGUGCACAUUUGCGAGGAUGAAUCUUUUCCACCUUCUGCUACAAAUAAUCUUCGUCGCCUCUUCAUCAGCGGUCAGUUCCUUCUUAGGUUUUUAUCAAGGGCUCGUGCUCGAAACCUUCGUUCUAUUCUGUGCACCAGAUUGACAAACUCCUCGCAAUCAGUGAUUGAACAAAGUUUUUCAUUCUUUGUUGAAAACUUCAAACUUCUCAGGGUGUUGAGUGUUAUCCCCGUGUUAUGCCAAGGAGAAAUAGGAACAGGAUAUCUAGAUCACUUGAGAUACUUAGCAUAUCAUCUACCGACGACUUGGUUCACAGACUUGUACAGUGCAGUGAAAUUUUCCAACCUCUUGAACCUAGAAACCCUUAACCUCCAAGGUCAGUGGGAAAACAAUUUCAUUCAGUUGUCUGCUGAUAUAUUUAAGAUGGUUAAGUUGAGGCAUCUUUAUUCUACGCAUGGCGUAUUCAUAUAUCAUGUUUCUUCCGAAGAAGCAACAAGAUUUGGUUUUGAUCAUUCCUCUAAGUUAGAUAGCCUACAGACCUUGAACCGAAUAUGUCCUUGUGAGGAAUGCCAAAGUUUCUUAGUAAGGACUCCCAAUCUUAGAAAGCUAGGAGUUCAUGGAGAACUAAUAUCACAGGAUGGUGUGUUGAUGCUCCCUGACCUAGAGUUCUUAAAAUGCCUUGAGACACUCCGUUUUACCAACACAAAGUUCUUCAGCAAAAGCGGGGCAACUCUUCCGACAGGGCUGAAGCUUCCUUUGAAUGUUACGCGACUAACUUUGAAGCACACCUACUUACAGUGGAAGGAGCUGUCAAUCCUCCUAACAGGCCUGCCGAGCCUUGAGGUUCUCAAAUUAUUAGUAGACUCCUGUUGUGGGCCAGUUUGGGACACAAGUGAACUUGAGGAGGGGUUCCCUCAACUCAAGUAUUUGAGGUUUGAAAGUUUGGAUAUCGAGGAGUGGAAUGCUUCCGAAGAUCAAUUUCCAGGACUUGAGGUCUUAGUUCUUCGAUCUUGCCAAAAAUUGGAGCGGAUCCCGAUUGAUUUUGCUAAUCUAAACGAACUUCGCGAAAUUACAAUGAACCAGUGCAGUCCCUCUUUGGAGGAAUCGUCCAGGGAGAUUCAGGAAGAGCUAAGAAAUAAAAAAGGAGAUGAUGAUUGCCUAAAUCUCCUUCUCAAUAAUAAUACGGCGCAGAAGACACUUUCGUUUACAAUUGAUCUUCCCGGCAUCCCCAGUAUUGACGGCAUUUGUAUUACACUUGCUAGCGGUAAACGAGUACUCCUUUGAAUUACAGGUAGAUUUUCAACAUCUUAUCCUCUUCACCUCAAACGACGUGGUUUAGAACUCAAACAAAACAUUAUUGUUAAGCCCUAAACCUUCGUGUUUUCUCAAAACGACGUGAUUUAGGGCUCAAAAUAUAUUUAAGCCCUAGAUCGAUAAAAAGAAGAAAAAGUAAUGUUUUGUGUGAGCCCUAAACCAUGUCGUUUGAGAAAGCAGAUCAAUGUCUGUUGUCCCCUUAGUUACAAUGCGUGAGAUGAAAUCUGAGCCGUCCAUUGCAAAGCAUGGAUGGCCCGAAUGGGCCAACACACAUGUUGUCUCCUUAGAGCAUCCGCAAUGUAAUAAUCAAAAGUGAAUAAUCAAAAUUUGACACGUCAGCUUUUGAUAAUUCAUUUAGAGGGUUAUUAAAGUUAGCAAUGUGAAGUCCCACAUUGUUAGUUUUGAUUAUUCAAAUGCCCAAAUUUGAUUAUUGGUUAGGAGGUUACUAACUUUGAUUAUUACAAUGUGAGCACUUUUUUAAGCAUACAUUACUAAUUUUAACAAUCUUUUAAUUUUGAUUAUUACAUCAUGGAUGCUCUUAGGGUCAGCAGGCACCCUAGCAACGCAAGUAUCUCUAUUUAUUUGUUAAACCACAAUCUAGCCUUUGCUCUGCUCUCGUCACUGCUGUCAAUGGUGCAUGCGUGUUCCGGUGGUCGACAAGAUACUUGCGUAGAAAAUUCAUUAAAGAUCUAAAAAAAAAAAACAAACUCUUUUUUUUUGGAUUUUUUUAAGAAGUUAAUGCCAUUUUCAUGCCCCAACAUUUAAAAGAGUACAAACUUUAUGAGUAAAUUUAAUGACUUUUAUUUUGUGGGACUUUGUUGUAUUGUAGAAGCACCUGGUUUCGCCACUGAAUUCAGAUAAAACUCAUAUUUACUAGCAAAUUUAUAUCUGGGUGGCCUAUAUAAGUUGAUAGCCUUGUUUUUAUUGAGAAUGGGUAUUUGCGUUUUUUGUAGUGCUUUGUUGAUCCUUCAAAUGGACUCAAAUUCUAUUCCAAGCCAGAUGGUUACACUAUGUCAACAACAUAGAAACCAACCGUUAUAAGUCCAACGAGAAGAGAAAGGUAGCUGCAAGCUUUCCGCAAUAAACGUUUCUACCUUAUCAGUAUGACUUUUUAUUUGUCUGUGGUUUUGUCUCUACUUUAGAAUGGCUUUCUUCAUACUAUGUGCUGUGUGUUUGGUUGAAACCUUGAUUGUUGAACCAGUC